AUGAAGAAGGAUCAGAUGGCACUUGCUGCCAUCUAUCAAGGCAUCCCUAAGGAGAUGUUGUGGGCAGAAUCUGAGAAGGAAAUUUCCAAGGAGGCAUGGGAGUGCAUCAAGGUGAUCUACCAAGGUGCCAAACGCGUCAAGGAUUCUCGUGUUCAAACCCUUAGAGAAGAGUUGGAUGGCUUGCGGAUGAAGAGCAUAGAGUUGGUCGACAACUUCGCAAUGAAGGUGAAUUCCAUCGUCAUCAUGAUUCGUGGGCUCGGCGACAAGAUGGAGGACUUGCAUGUGAUAAGGAAGAUCCUUAGAGCCACACCGAACAAGUUCUUGCAGAUUGUCGCUUCAAUCAAGCAAUUUAGUGACCUCGAGACCAUGACAGUCGAGGAGGUCUUCGGCAGGCUCUGGGCAUACGAAGAAAGGUUGUGUGGCAACAACGACGACAUUGACAUCAAUGUUAAGCAUGUGUUGCUCACCAAAGCCCAAUGGAGAGCUAAGGAGAAGGAUGAAGAUGAGCAUCUAUUGCUCACCCAAGAACAAUGGAGGGCUAAGGAGCAGAAGGAUGGUGGUGAAGGCUCCUCCAAUAGUGGUGGACGAGGCAGUAAGAAUCAGAAAGUCGACAAGGCUAAAGUGAGGUGCUACAAAUGCAAUGAUUUUGGGCACUACCAGUGGGAACGCGAGAACUCGAACAAAUAG